AUUACUCUGACUUUUGGACUCGACCAACGGCGCCCUUUGUUUCUGGAAGAAACAGAAAAAGUCAAACUGGCAUAAAUCCAGCAGCGGGAUUAAAAAGGCUGUAAGGUUUUUUUUUUGCACACGACCACAAACAAAAGGCAAAAGAAAGACAGCCCAAUGGGCGCACACCACCCUGUCUUUCCUUUUUUAUGCGAACGGAACAACUUAAACGCGAAUUUAGACAAUAGCGCGUCAAUAGUCUAUGAACAUGUACAACACACACGACACCAUGACAUCUGGAUUGGAAUGUGAUGUGGUGGAUAUGAAGAUAAAGAUACAGAUGACGGUGACGGCAAAGAAGAAAGUGAACCUGUAAAAGUGAACCUGUAUACAUUACUGACGUCCUUGUAUGUGUCCACAUCGAUCGUAGUCUCAUACACGCUCCUAUGCUUCGAAAGAAAGGACCUGGUGGGAAUGAACUUUAGGCGGAGCAACAACACCGCCCCACUGCAAGAUGACGAGGAGAAUCAGCGGCCCAUUGAUAGCAGCAGCAGCAGCAGCAAACAGCAUCUGCUGAAACCCAAAGAAGCCAACGACGACGACGACGAAGAUGAUGAUGACCAGGGCGAGUCUGCCCCUGGAUCAUCACCAUCCACCAGAUCUUCCUCAGGAUGUAGCAUCCCCCCCAUCCUCUUCUUCGCCGUCCCCGGGGCCAUCUAUUUCUUCAACAACAACCUCACCUUCGUCCUCCUCGCCCUCAUGCCCGCUCCCACCUACGUCGUCCUCUCCAACCUCAAGAUCCUCACCACCGGUCUCUUCUCCUACCUCUUCCUCCACCGCCUUCUCUCUCCCGCCCAAUGGGUCUCCCUCGCCAUCCUCUUCCUCUCCACAGCUGUCUCCCAAAUCGACCUCGAACGCGGUCUCACCCUCUCCAUCUCCCUCCAGGCAUUCCUCCUCAUGGUCCUCUUCUGCUCCCUCUCCGCCGCCGCAUCCGUCUUCUCAGAGUAUGUGAUGAAGGAACGCUUCGCAAAGGAGUCCAUCCAUCUCCAGAAUAUGAAGCUCUACAUGUUCGGUAUCCUCUUCAACGGCAUCACCUACGUCCUCACCCCUUCUACCACACCCGCCGCCGAAGGAGGUGGAUUCUUCUCGGACAUGGCCCCGAUUCACGUUCUGAUCAUCAUGGCCUACGCCUCUCUGGGUCUCGUCACCUCUGCCAUCAUCAAAUUCUCGGGCUCGAUCACCAAAGUCUACGCCUCCUCCAUGUCCAUGUUCUUCGCUGCCCUCGUCUCAUGGCUCCUCUUGAACGACCGCCUCACCGUCCUCUUCUUCAUCGGAUGCUUCGGAUGCUGCUUCGCCCUGCAUCUCUACUACCGCGCACCUUCGGUCCCAAAGGAUGAGGAGACAGCGACCAAUGGUUCUGCAGCAUUGCAGCAUUCAGGACGCGACUCGACAAGUUCGGCGACUUCGAGCACCACACUGGCGAUCUCCCCUGUGUCAAUGCCAUCAUCGUCGUCGUCAUCCAAGGGUAAGCAGAACCCGACAACGCUGAGUUCUGUGAAGGUCAUGGACCGGAAUGAAUACAUUUCUUUGGAUACCAUGGAUGAUGACGAUCAGUCCGAGGGUAGGAGGUAACCACACGGUACGGAUCCAAACAAUAAUAGUAAUAGUAAUAAUAGCUUAUGAACUUAUCACUUACCCACACAUACACACACACACAUACACACACAUACACACACAUACACACACAUACACACACAUAGACUAUACAUUGUACCAUCAGUCAAUAAAGGUUACUGACGCGUCAACGCGUCCAUGCCUACGAAACAAGACGUAC